CCAAUGUUGUCACUGUCAUGCUUACAUUUACACAUGUGUGGUAUAUUUUUGAAGGCAGUGACCUAUGAUGAUGUAUAUAUCAAAUUCACUCAGGAAGAGUGGGAUUUGCUGAAUCCUUCCCAGAAGAAGCUCUAUGAAGAUGUGAUGCUGGAGACCUUCAGAAACCUAACUACUAUAGGAUACAUUUGGGAAGACUGUAACAUUGAAGAACAUAGUCAAUGUUCUAGAAGAUAUGCAAGGAUUGAAAGAAAUCAAACUGGAGAGAAGUUCUCAGUAUAUUCUCACUGUGCUAAAUACUUGUCUUAUAACACUCAUCUUUUAAGGAAUGAAAAAACACAUACUGGAGAAAAAUGCUCUGAAAUUAAGCAAUGUGGUAAAAUCUUUGCUCAUCACAGUCACCUUCAAAUGCAUAAAAGAACACAUACUGGAGAGAAAUCAUAUGAAUAUAAUCUGCAUGGGAAGGCCUUUGCUGAUCACAGUCAUCUUCAAAAGAAUAAAAGAACACAUAUUAGAGAGAAACUGGAUGAAUGUAAUCAGUAUGGUAAAGCCUUUGCUCAACACAGUGUUCUUCAAACACAUAAAAGACCACAAACUGAAGAAAAACCCUUUGAAUGUAAUCAGUGUGGUAAAGCCUUUACAUGUCAUGGUCAUCUUCAAUUGCAUAAAAGAACACAUAUUGGAGAGAAACUAUAUGAAUGUAAUCAGUGUGGUAAAGCCUUUGCUUAUCACAGUGUUCUUCAAAGUCAUAAAAGAACACAUACCGGAGAGAAGCCCUAUGAAUGUAAUGAGUGUGGUAAGGCCUUUGCACGUCACAAUCUUCUUCAAUUGCAUAAAAGAAUGCAUACUGGAGAGAAACCCUAUAAAUGUAUUCAGUGUGGUAAAGCCUUUGCUGAUCACAGUGUUCUUCAAAAUCAUAAAAGAACACAUACUGGAGAGAAGCCCUAUGAAUGUAAUCAGUGUGAUAAGGCCUUUGCCCGUCACAGUCUUCUUCAAUUGCAUAAAAGAACACAUACUGGAGAGAAACCCUAUGAAUGUAAUCAGUGUGGUAAAGCCUUUGCUUAUCACAGUGUUCUUCAAAGUCAUAAAAGAACACACACUGGAGAGAAGCCCUAUGAAUGUAAUCAGUGUGGUAAGACCUUUGCUCAAAACCGUGGUUUUCAAAAUCAUAAAAGAACUCAUACUGGAGAAAAACCCUAUAAAUGUAAUCAGUGUGGUAAGGCCUUUGCACGUAAGGAUCAUCUUCAAAUGCAUAAAAGAACACAUACUGGUGAGAAGCCCUAUGAAUGUAAUCAGUGUGGUAAGGCCUUUGCACGUCACAAUCUUCUUCAAUUGCAUAAAAGAAUGCAUACUGGAGAGAAACCCUAUGAAUGUAAUCAGUGUGGUAAGGCCUUUGCAUAUCAAAAUAAUCUUCACAGUCAUAAAAGAACACAUACCGGAGAGAAACCAUAUGAAUGUAAUCAGUGUGGUAAGGCCUUUGCUCAAAACUGUAAUUUUCAAAAUCAUAAAAGAACACAUACUGGAAAGAAACCUUAUGAAUGUAAUCAGUGUGGUAUGGCGUUUGCACGUAAGGAUCAUCUUCAAAAGCAUAAAAGAACACAUACUGGAGAGAAACCCUAUGAAUGUAAUCAGUGUGGUAAGUCCUUUGCAUAUCAAAUGAAUCUUCAUGUUCAUAAAAGAAUGCAUACUGGAGAGAAACCCUACGAAUGUAAUCAGUGUGGUAAGGCCUUUGCUCAACACAGUCAUCUUCAAAAGCAUAAAAGAACACAUACUGUGGAGAAACCAUAUGAAUUUAAUCAGAGUGUUAAGGCCUUUGCUAGAGACAGUGUUCUUUAAUUGUAUAAAAGAACACAUACUGAAGAGAAACCCUAUGAAUGUAAUCGGUGUGGUAAAUCCUUCUUCACAAUCAUCUCCAAAUACAUAAAAUAAAUCAUCCUGUAGGGUAACUUUGAAUUUAAUGUGUGUAUUUUUCAAAAACAUGAAGAAAAUUAUACUGUAGUGAAAUUCUAUAAAUGAAUUCAGUGUCAUAAUGUCUUGUGCUUCAUAUACUAGUAAGACUUUUUGUGUGUAAUCAAUCUGAUAAAGCUUGUGUGUGCAUGGUACCAUAAUCUUUUGGACUUGAGGAAAAAACUGAGGGUUUAUUGUAAACUAUUCUUUAAAAUCUGAAGCCACUUACAUUCAGUUAACUACUGUAUUGUAUAGAAAAAAAUUGUUAGUGUCAACAAUCUGUUCAAGCAUCAUGAUACCUCUUUUUAUUUUAGUUUGAAGCAACAAUCUAAUGGACAAACCCUUUAUGAAGUGUUAUAAGUUGGAGAAAGGGUAUUCAAAGAAACAUACAUUGGUCCUGAAACCAGAGCCAAUGGAAAGUUCUUUGUCUCUGAAUCUGAAAUAGGUAAAGAAAUAACAUCUCCCUGAAAACAGCCAAAACAUUAAAAAGGACCAGUGAAAGACACACACUUUGGCUCUCCAACCAGAACCAUAAAAACAAACUCUACCCUUGUCCAAUUGAGCACAAAGCAACCAAUUUCUUGGCAUAAAAUCAAGCCCAUCUCUGAGUUUUUCAGGAUCAGGGUUUGAAUCCAGCAAAUUCUCACCAUCAGUAUCUCUUUUGAUGCAGUCUGGUCCUAAGAAGUCCUAUGCUCAUUCAGUAUGCAGCUGCCCCUUUCCACACUGGCAGAGAUAUUCAUACUCAUGUUUUCUUCCCUCUCAAAUAAAUCUCCUGAUUCAAGAGUUAUGCUUGUUAAGUUGGGAGCUUAGGCUCCAGGCCCUAUCUAACGCCCUGACCCUGAGAUUUAGCACUCUGGACUCCAAAUCCCAGCAGGCUAGGUCCUGACCCCCUCCCCGGGGUGGGAGGAGGUCAGGACCACUCCCAAGAGUAUUUAAGUGAUCUCCCGAAAAAGGAACAUGUGAUCUCAUUUUAUUCUUCCUGGUGGUCACAUUUAUGUGGCCCCUCGGUGCCACCCGAGAGCACAGAACUUCCAUUAAACCUGGUUAUCUCUUAAUUUGGCUUGAUUGGAAAUUUGCGUCAAUGGAGAGCUCGCAUUAGGAAAAUAUUCUUAACAUCUUGGAGGUUCCACGCAGCAGGCCACAUGUUGAAAGCCUCCCUAGUCUACAAUUCAAGUUCUCCAUGCCACACUUAAUCCGGCUUCUGGGCUACGAUGGCUGCAUCUUGGUGAGUCCCUUUUCUUGUGUAUGCUAUAGGGUUUGGGGGGGGACCCAUUUGUACUUUUUUUUAUCAUUUUCAGAUUCCUGUUGAAGUCGCAGCACACGCCAGGGGUUUGAUUCCCAGUGGCAGUCAGACCAGCAAGACCGGGCUUGGCUGAGGUGAAAAUCUGUUUGUUUUGGGGUACCAGAAAUUCAAUUUCCACGGCCCCAUUUGGACCUAAGAGCUAUUUUGGUGGACGCUCUGGAGUGGACUUAGGUCACGUGGUUAGGCAUAGACUUUAAAAUGGGCACUUACUGUUCAAAGUCAGAUCCGCUGUUGCCCCUGUAAUACCUCUUACAAAAAUUCUUUUUAAAUUGAGCCUGUCUAAUACAAUCUGUCCCAAAUGGCUAAUUUCCCUAUGUACUAAGUCUUGACCUUACCACUUUCUGAGACCUAAUUUUUUGUCACCGUAAGGACAAAUGGACAGAGCUUACAUAUGUCUAUAGGUUUUGGGUGCUGUGCUCUCGCUUUAGUAGCCAGUGUCUCACAGCACCAUGCUGCCAGAGGCACUGGCCCCUCCCCCACUUCCUCAAGCCUAUACUACUCAACCCCUCCUGCAGAGCAUCAUUCUUUCCCCACCCCAUUUCGGAGGUUCAAUGUCAAAUUCUACCUUCCCCACC